AUGAACGUACCCGCCAGCCUGGCGCGAGACAUUUCGCCUCCACAGCCCCUAAAGAGACGGAGGACAGCCGGGAUUUCUUCGCCAGCUGCUGCAUAUUUACCAAAUCCGAAUAUUGAGCCCACUAUAGUAGCGAUUGAAGCUGGCAAAGCAAAGAUUGAUGAUCACCUGUCCUACUUCAAGAACCACCUCGCGAAAUCGCAUCGUCAAACUCCUGCAGAUGUAGCACGCUUGUCGAUAUCAGAUUUCGCUACACUGUAUCACGGUAAUGAAAAUGAGCACGGAAGACACUUCGUCAUUCAUCAGCACAACCAUCCGCGCGCCGGAGUACAUUAUGAUCUGCGCCUGCAGUUUUCCAAGACGAGUAGCAUGUCAUUCGCAGUUCCCAAAGGCUUGCCAGGUAAUCCAAACUCGAAGAGUAUUGGACGUAUGGCCAUAGAGACGCGGGUACACAACUACUGGAAUCAUCUCAUUGAGAGUGCGAGUAGCAAGACGGGAAGUCUGCUCAUUUGGGACACCGGAACGUACGAAGUGCUGCCGAGGAAGACAGGUGGUAGAAAUAGGAAGGGGAUGCCUAGCCCGCAGACUACAGACGAUGAAGAAACCGAAUUGGAUUCAGAUGAAGAGACGUCAAGGAAGCCAACGAGAACAACAGGCAUCGAACACGAGAAUGACAAGCUUAUCACCGCGUUUCAAACUCGAUAUAUACGUCUUCGCCUUCACGGUACGCGUCUGCCCAAGAAUUACACGAUCGUAAUGCGACUACCUACCAAUGAAAUCAUCCAACAUCCCACUGUCCGUCGAAAGAGCCGGCACAAGCCUUUAGUACACAAAAUUAAGCUUCAGUCCGACUCCGAAGCUGAAGAUCAAGUCGACCUUCAAAACCCUAUGUCUGUUCCAGGAGAAGAAAUCGACACAGAUACCGAUGAAGAUGUCCAAACUAGAGCAACCAACGCGUAUCCUGGCUCGACGAACGACAUCGGAUCGAUACACCAGCGACACUGGUUCAUGCAGCUCGAUCGACAAAACAGCGGUUUUGUUGUAGAUGACACAAGCGGCGGGAAAGUCAAGUGGGUACGCGGCCCAGAUGGUAGUGGCUUUGAGCCUUUCCUCGUCCGUGGGCGCGACUACGAAAGAAGCGUCGUCACAGGUCGUCUCGCACGAGAGGUUGAAAGCGACCAAGGUGUAUACAACUUUGUGGGUAGAGCAGGAUGGAUGGGAAUCGAACAUUGA